AUGAAUUCUCACCUUUUCCUCCUUCUUGUCUUCGUGGCACAAGUGGAUGCCGCUUGCGGUCCUGCUCCAACAGCUCCUCACCAUCCAUCGCCGAGUACUCUGGAAGCUUCUACUUUGAUGCCGAGUACACUUGAGAUAUUAUCUUCCCGAAACCCUUCUUCAUCUACGCCAUCUGAGUCAACUGUCCCCACUACGACUACCGUAGAGCCAACGACUACUGUGGAACCGACAACUACAGCUCUCCUGAAUUCCACUACCCCGGAGCCAUCGCCGAUCGCUGAGCCAUCCACUGCUGCACCGACGACUACUAUGGAACCGACUACCACGGAGCCAACGUCCACCGCUGUUCCAAGUACAACUCCGGAAUUGACGACUACUGAGGAGCCGACUACGACUCCACAACUGACGUCCACGGCUAUUCCAACUUCUACUCCAGAACCAACAACGACUGAGGAGCCCGCAACCACCGCUCUCCCGACUACGACUCCAGAGCUGACCUCGACCCCUGAGCCGACAACCACUACUCCGGAGCCGACGACUACCACUGUUCCUACCACGACUCCAGAGCUAACCUCUACGGCUGCACCGACAACUACCGAGGAGCCGACAACGACUCCAGAACUGACGUCAACCCCGGAACUAACUACCACUACCGUCACCACUACUACCCCGGAGCCGACGACCACCACAGUUCCGACCACUACCCCUGAGUCAUCGUCGACUGUAGAGCCAACAUCUACUCAGGAGCCAACGUCCACGGCUGCACCGACAACUACACCGGAGCCGACUUCUACUCUAGAACCGACGACUACUGUUGAGCCGACCACUCCAGAGCCAACCUCUACGGCUGCACCGACAACUACCGAGGAGCCGACUACGACUCCAGAACUGACUUCAACCCCGGAACCAACUACCACUACCGUCACCACCACUACCCCGGAGCCGACGACUACCACUGUUCCUACCACGACUCCGGAGCCAACGUCCACGGCUGCACCGACAACUACUGUAGAACCAACGUCCACGGCUGCACCGACGACAAUCGAGGAGCCGACUACGACCGCUGAGCCCUCUACGGCUGUUCGGACAACUACUGUGGAAACAACGACGACUCCAGAACCCACUAGUACCACGGCUGUUCCGACUUCUACUCCAGAACCGACGACUACUACCGCCACCACUACCACCCCGGAGCCAACGACUACUGAGGAACCGACUACGACUCUAGAAUUGACGUCGACAGCGGAACCGACAACCACCGUUCUCCCGACUACGACUCCAGAGCCGACGACUACCCCAGAGCCGACAACUACUGUAGAGCCAACUACCACUACCGUCACUACAACGACUCCAGAGCCGACGACUACCGAGGAGCCGACUACUACUACCGUUACGACGAGCACCCCGGAGCCAACAUCCACUACUGUCACCACUACUACCCCGGAACCAACGACUACCACAGUCCCGACGACUACUGAAGAACCUACUUCGACUGUAGAGCCAACGACUACCACCGUGACCACCACUACCCCGGAACCAACUACCACUACUGUAACAACAACUACUCCGGAGCCAACAACUACCGAGGAGCCGACAACAACGACUCCAGAACCGACGACUACCGCGGAGCCGACUACGACUCUAGAAGUGACGUCGACCCCUGAGCCAACUUCUACUACCGUUACGACCACCACCCCUGAGCCAACCUCCACUACUGUCGCGACUACAACUGAUCCUUAUUGUGGAUGUAUUAGCGUGGAACAAAUUCCGAUAAACUCUGGACUUUUCACAAAUGAUUGGUGGAAACAAAGAAUGAAUGAAACGGAGUUGCAGUAUCCUUGGCCUGAAUACAUUUUGUUCCGUGCAAACCUCCCUCUUCUAAACAUAACCAAUUGCGAUGCAAAAAUAGAGUGUGUAUUCACCAAUUCAGAAGAUUAUACUCGUGAUGACAGUAAUAUAUUUGUCGGUUACUAUAACAACGAGUUCGACAAGAUCACUGUGGAGAACACUGCUACUUCUCGCCCUUUCUUAACCUGCAGUAACAACGAAUGGCAUUAUUCUGGAAAACCGAUUGAAGCCAUUGGAUGCAUUGCUGCUAGCAGAAUGUUAUGA